AGAAAGUGUGGAGGAGGAAACACAGCAGGAAUCUAGGGUUUAUCAGAUUUUGAACCUGCAGCUUUUCUCCUCUCUUAUUCUAAAUCUGGAAAGCUUUAACCAUGUCGGACAGUUUUUUUAAAAUCCGGAGAGUGAGCGGGCACACAGGGAAUUUUAUCCCAUCCGGUCGGCAGCUUCCAAGAACUCCUCCUUUAGCGGAUGUGAGGAGACACCUGGAUUUCUGUGAUGAGGAAAUUCAGCCCAGUGUGCAGGUACGCAGAGAUUUUCCGUUUUCAAUUCAGAUUUAUCGACACAGUCAGAUCUGAUUUCUUUUUCUUUAACAGGCAAGAAAUAAAGAUGAAAACAAUCAAGAGGUGAUGUUAGGGUCCAACAGUUUCCCAACAAAAACAGGUACGUAGACGUUUAAACAUCUGCUGUUUAACUCUUCAUGAUGAACUGCAACUAAAAGAGCUCAUCCUUCAGAACCAGAAGACCCACAGUCCAUGCUGAGAGGGAUGAAGGGUUACCAGCUGACCCAGACUGACCUGGAGUUUAUCGAAAAGAUGAAGGAGGAAAAACUUGUGAAAAAGCUGCAGGUGAGUCAGGCUCGCUCUGUGUCCUGAUCACUAAAAGGAAGUUAUAUAUGUUUCUUUGAUUGCAAUUAUCCAUGUUUGGUUUAAGGUAUCAGGAUGUGAUUUGUGCGUCUGCAGACUGAUCUGGAGGAGAUUCAAAAGCUGUUAAAGACGGAAGUGAUGGAGUUUGAGUUAGUGUGUGCAGCGAGGGAGAAAGCACAGGCCGAACUUCAGAAGGUAAGACUCUGUUUCAGUCACCUCCUGAAGUCUUAUACCCUGUAGAGGGACAAGGCUAUGGUGGCCCAAAUGUGACACACAUGAAUAUUAUUUAGACAUUUCUGUAAUUUUUUUUAAAAAAGUCUUGAAUGAUUUUCUUCAACAUUUCAGGUUUUGAGAAAAGAUUUUUAAAAAAAACAACCCAGUAACAAGAAAACAUUGCCAAGAUGAAAUUUCCACUUCUUUACAUAAUUUUUUUUAUUAUUAUUAUUAUUAUUAUCAUUAUUAUUAUUAUUAUUAUUAUAAUUAUUGAUCAGAAAUUGAGGAAAAAAUCCAGAGAAAAUGAGCAGGAGUUGUUUGUUUUGUAAAAUUUGCUGAUUUAUUUUGGGGUUAACAAGACAUUUAAGGAAAGGGGAAAACUGCUGAAAUAACUAUCAUGAGGAAAAACUGCGUCCAAAACUUCAUCAUCAGAACCAGAAAACUGGCAUUUAUAUCAUAAAAUUUCAAAAAUUGAGUCACUGUGUUGAAAAAACAACCAGAAAUGAUGAGCUUUUGAAAGAACAACAGAGGUUUUGUUUUUUAAAAAUGAGAAAUCAAAUUGAUGUUUUAAGAAAAUUAACCAAAUUGACUCUGUAAUGGGGGAAAAGUUCCCUUUUUUAUGUCUCAACGAUGAGAAUAAUAGUUGUGAUCUUGAUAAAACAGCCGUAGAUUAUUAGAAAAUCAGCAUUUAUGCUUCAAGAUGGCAUAAAAAGAUAUCAAGAAUAAAAAAAAUAAUGAGGGGAAAAGUCAAUAAAUCAACGAUAUUGCAGGUUAAACCAAUGAUGUUGCGUUAAGACUCUAAGAUAAAUGGGGAUAAUGGGGGAAAAAAAUAAUUCAUAACAACAACAAAAAAAAACUGGUAAAUAAAAUGUUUAAAUCAGUGUCCACUCAGGGCUUCCGUACAUAUCUGACCUUUUUACCAUUAAAACAGCCCUCAAGUCCUGGCUGCUUCAGGAGAGGACAGAUUUCUGUACAUUCGCACCAUCUUUAAACUGAAAAGUUCCUCAAAAGAAGAAAAAGUCUCAGUCAAACAUCCUGAUUUUGUUUUGAGUCAGCUCCCCUCCCGUGAAGAUCUCAUCCAGUGGAUGAAAGUAGUCCUCGAAACCAUGCCGCUGUCGUCUGAUUUAACGGACCUGGACGCCCUGACCCUACUCGCCACAUUGACAAAAGAUGACGUCCAAAGAGCGGUGGACAAGAAGAGGAGUGAGCUCGCUAGGAUGGAGAAGAUGGUGGCAGACAAGUAAGAUCUGAACUCCUCCCACUGAGCUGCUGAAGGUAGUUCCUUUUUCAAGAUGGCGUAAUCGUUUACUGAUGCCUGUUGGCCAGAUUCGGCAAAAUUCGUCUCCUUUUUUUAAAAUGUUUUUUCUUUGCUAACUUCCACAUUUCAAGUUUAUACUUAAGAGUAAAGCUAGACACUGAAUAAAAAGCUACAAACAAGUUUUACUGCUUGUUUUUUUUUUAGCUGGAUUUUGCACCAGGGUUUCAGACUGUCCUCCAGCUUCUACAAACAAUUAUUUGCUAUGAUAGUGGCCCGUGAAUGCCUGCAAGAAGUCCUGGUAAAUGAGUUAAGUAGUAACACUAAACUCUUAAACAGAAAGAAGAGAGAGGUUCAGGAACGAGGGCAGCUGGAGAAACGAAUCGCUGGUGAACAGGUAAAAGGUCUCUUCAUUACCUUCAGAUAUACUUGUUGUCAAGUCUUGCACUACCUUGUGGGUCACCAGUGCUAAUUCCACUCAGUUCCAUAACGAGACAAAAACUUCUCACUGGAGCUUUUGAAGUUGAACUGUUUUGGUAAUUCUUCACAUUUUUCCCAGAUGAAGAUUCAGAGUCUAAUCAGCCAGUUAGCCAUCCUGAAAUGUGAACUUUCACAACAAGAGGUGAGACUCUGAUUUUGUUUUUCCAUUACUUGACUGGGCUAAAACUGAGCAAUUGUCAGGAUUUAUUGUCCUCUUUUCUGCUUUCACAGGAAGCCUAUAAAGCUCUUUCAAUGCAGAUCAGUACCCAAGAAGCCAAAAAAGCUAAAGUGGAGGCAGAAGACGUCAAACCCUCAGAGGAACCGCAGACCGCCAAAGCGAAAAGUCAAGGAAAAGAAAGAAAAAAGGCAGCAGAAAAGUUACAAAACACAACAAAACCGACCAGGAGCAAAGUCCCAGAGGCUAAAACGGACAAACUGAGCAGAAAACAAGCAGCUGCAGAGCAAGUGGAACACCCAGGUCUGAGGAGAUCCAAGAGGAUCGCCAGUCGGAGGUGAUGGGUUUGAUGGUUGAGUAGCGCUAGAGUGCUUUUGUUUUUUUUUUCCCCCCUUCAGACUGAAAAUCUCAUUAACUUGGUGAAAGCUCGUCAUAAAAUCUCCCACAAACAUCUGUGAGUCCUUCAGCGGGAACUCUUCCCACACUGGUCAUCUCUUGGCGUCUCUUUUGGUCGCACUACAACAUCCCAAUGUUGGAUAGAUCCGUUUAUUUAGACCACCUUUCAAUCUUUACAAUGAACCCUCAAACUUUUUAGCUGGUCCUGUUUUUGUUUUUGGCUCCAUCUUCUGGUCAAACUUUAAGACUUCACGUCACUUUGAGAAAGUGAACCCUUUUGUUCGUGUUGUUGCUGUGUUCAUGUUGUGACUGUUGACAUGUAUUUCUGCAUUGUUACAGAUCAUUAUUUUUCUAUGGCUGAACCUUUUUUGAUAUGUUUGUUGAAUACUUUGUAAAAAUCUGUAUGAAGUUUUACUUGAUAUGAAAAUAAAACGUAACU